UGAGCUCCGAGUUUUAUCCGCUUUAAUCUUCCUCUCAGGUGAUCAUCCGAACAUUUAACGUGUCUGACAUUAAUCUGACAUCGUGUUGCUUUGUGUUCGCGCCGAAAUUGUUGCUCUGAGUGAAACUUCGUGUCUGUUUUUAGACGUUUUUUUUUCUUUCCGUGUUUCUGUUCGAGUGUCGGUGAGCUGCAACACGUCGCCAUUUUAGCUCCGAGUGGAGAAGACAGAGGCGGGAAAACAGCGUUAAUAAGAUCUUUAAAGUAUAAAUAAAAGUCUCUACCGGCCCGUCCAGGUGUUGAACUCUCUCUCGGUUAAAACAGACGAUGGCUCCUCGUAAAGGAAAGGAGAAGAAGGAGGAGCAGGUGAUCAGUCUGGGUCCUCAGGUGGCUGAAGGAGAGAACGUGUUUGGAGUUUGUCACAUUUUCGCCUCCUUCAACGACACCUUCGUCCACGUCACCGACCUCUCCGGGAAGGAGACGAUCUGCCGUGUGACCGGCGGGAUGAAGGUGAAGGCGGACAGAGACGAGUCGUCUCCGUACGCCGCCAUGUUGGCCGCUCAGGACGUCGCUCAGCGCUGCAAAGAGCUCGGCAUCACGGCGCUGCACAUCAAGCUGAGGGCCACCGGGGGGAACAGGACAAAGACUCCUGGUCCUGGAGCUCAGUCUGCUCUCAGAGCUCUGGCUCGGUCCGGCAUGAAGAUCGGACGCAUCGAGGACGUCACUCCGAUCCCGUCAGACUCCACCAGGAGGAAGGGCGGACGUCGCGGUCGCCGGCUGUAAAACGUCACCAAGAUUUUCUGACAAUAAAAAGUUUAAAGCCAGA